GUUCAUGCUUGUGUUUUGUGUUGCCAGUGAAAUAGCAAGAGUUUCCUUUUUCCUACACGUUGUUGAGUUUGUGUGUGUGUGUUUGUUUCGGUUUGGUUCAAUUUGAAGAUUUUUUUUACUUUUUUUUCGAUUAAAAAUGGCUCCACCACGUUAUGAAACGGUUAUCGGUCUACAUAAAGGCCAUAAAGUAACAAAAAAUAAUUAUCAAAAUCGUCCAUCAUCGAAAAAGGGUAAAUUAACAAAACACAAUAAAUUUAUUCGUAGUGUUGUACGAGAAAUUGUUGGCUUUGCACCAUAUGAACGUCGUGCUAUGGAAUUGUUACGUAUUUCGAAAGAUAAACGUGCAUUAAAAUUUCUUAAAAAACGUUUAGGAACACAUUUACGUGGUAAAAGGAAGCGUGAUGAAUUAUCACAGGUUAUUGUACAACAACGUAAAGCACAAACUGCAACGGCUAAAUAACCUCGAUCACCCCCAAAAAAAAUGAUUUAAAACAUCAAACAUUUUUUUUCUGAAUUUCAUCAUUUAAUAAUUUUUAAUUUUAAAAAAUAAUUAAAAUGUCU